CGGUCCCCGUGUUGGACGUGGAUGGGGGAGACUUGAGGAGAGAGCGCCGUUUUUUUACUGUUGUUGUUGGUGUUUUUAAUUUCGACAGGCUGUUUUGCAGCUCUGAUCUAGACAGGAUUGGAACAACAAAAAGAAAGAGUAAUCGUGUAUGGGUCUUCCGAUGCAAGGAUAAAAAUAGAGAAAAUGUGGGUUUUGCUUGGAUCAGCAAAAACAAUACCCACUCGGGCAUUAAGUGGUAAUGUGACCUUAGUGCAGCGUAGUUCACGUGUUGGGUAUACAUAUGUCGCAUGAUAUGUCGCUACCGACACGACGCUACACCGAUCGCCACAUACACCUGAUACACCUUUCAACUUUGCCGCGUUAUGGCGUCAGCAUGGCGCCAGGUGGCCAGGCCCAGGCCGCGAGCCAAGGUCACGUGCAUCGGCAUGUGCCGUAGUUUUUUUAAGCAUGGUGCUCUCUGUUUGGUUUGUCGCGGUGUCGAUGGUUUUAUUAAUGUUGGUAAUUGGUUUUCUCACUUUUAGGACUGUGUCAGGCUCAACAUUUUCAACGACGUCCGUGACCUACGUUCAGAAUGAACGCUUGCAGCAACCCGUGGUGCAGCUUAAAAACCCCUUUCAUCUUAGCAUCCAGGACAGCAAGAACGCCAAUUUGACAGAUGGAGUCCGCGUUCAAGUCUCAUCGUCCUGCGUAUUCAAGAUGAAAUGUUACUGGGGGCUGGCCGGCCCAGCCUUCCAUUCUUGUACGGACGUACCCUGGUUACAUUUAAACGAAGGUGUCACAGAUGGUAGCUUCUGGCAAGAUUGUGCCGUAUUGCAAGGGAAUAUGACAAGAUCUGAACCAUCUCAAGCACAGUUGUUUCACUUGAAGCCUCCGAGGGCACUGCGCUCCAUUGAGUUGGGACAACCUCCUCGGCAGCGAAUACCCCUCGUCAUUGUCCUGAUGAAGGAUCAUGUCUCUUGUGACUGGCUCGACACCGAUGUGGUUGCCCUUCUCAGUUCGAUUCACAUUACAGACGACGUGGUCACAAUGAAGACAUCCAUUCUUGAACAGUAUCUGAAAGUUGCAAGUGGGCGGACGUGCUUACUGCAGCAAUUGUACGUGUCUGUAGAUGAGACAACCCAGUCCAGCAAUCAGUGCGGUGCCUUGUGCGUCGUCUGCCAAGUAGCACCAGUUACUUGUGCGCUCCUGCCGUGUCGUCAUGCGUGCGUGUGUGACUCCUGUUUUAACGCGCUAGACAUCUGCCCCAUGUGCCGUACGCGCAUAGUGACGUUCUUCAACGUGAGCAGUGCACUCCACGGCAACCAUCCGAAUCCAUCAGCAGAGGCUGUGGAGCACGACAGGACACAGAGGCAGCCUGCAGGAGGGCAAGAGUGAGUUUGUGGGUGAUUAAGUACUUUGUGUUUCCGUGGAACUUUGGACAGCCCAUCCUGCGUUUUGUGCCUAGUCUAAGAACUUGCAUCCAAGUGCUUGGGUCACUAAGUGGGGCAAUGGAUACUGCUAGUAUGCGUCAUAUUUAUUAUUCAUCCUGCACCUGCUCAGUCAUAACUAGGAGCAGAAGCAAAGAGGUCUGCAGAAAUGACCGAAGCUGUGAGAAACAACAAAAUAAAUUAAGGAAUAUUCAUCCAUUUUAAAACUCUCCAAAGAAAUUAUGUUUUGUGUUUAUUUUUAUGUGUGUUUCAUACACACGUUAUGGCAUGGUUUCUUUUUUCUUUUCGUUUCAUUUUUCACAGCUCGCACUGUAUGUGUUCAGGUAUGUUUUGUUUCAUUAUAUUUUUAUUUUGAGUGGUAUAUUUGAUUUACAAGAGCUUGGUCCCCAAUUUUGAUAUGAAACUGCACAACAUUGUCAGUGACGGAGAGAAGCUGUUUCCGACUUUAUUAUGUUAUGUAUUUUGAGCUGCAUCACAUGCAUUUAUAAAGCUCAAAUUAUUUUUUAUAGAAUUUUCGUUAUUGUUGCGCAAUAUUAUACAUGAGUGAUGCUUGUGCAGCCUCAGAACGACCCCAGCCUCGAUCCGACAGAGAAAUCCCCCAAACUGCGACGCAGUUGAGAACUCGCAACACGUUGAAAAUCUGCUGCAGAAAACAAGAAUGGCCAUUCUCAUAUAUCGAACCUGACGCACACGCGUGCCAAAGAGAACAAGAAUCCUAGCCGAGGAUCCGAGCAACGCCCUAAGAAUUCGGCCUGUCCUCCCGCUGUCGGAGCAGGUUGACGGUUGGCCGUACGAUUAUGUCAGGCGCCGUUCUAAUUACGAGCAAUUCCUCGCGUGUUCAGCAUACACGCGAAAGAAACGGUCGCGCGGAGCCCGGUAUGCCGCAUCCUUGGAGGGAGAAAUUUUGCUGGAAAAAGGGGGCGCGGUAUGCCGACCGGCACGCAGUGAACGCCAUGAGCGCCCCCUGCUCGGUCGAGAAUGUGAGGAACGCGGUUGAAGGCACAAGUGCCGCGCAUAACUGGCGUUCCGACGUCCAUUCCGGAGAGGUUUUUCGGAUCCCGUGGAAUGUCUGGUCCUCAGCACAAGCUUCCCUUCCCCUUUUUCCAGUGGUUCGAUGAAAUUAUUCAUGCCAGUCGGCGAUAUGAGCCAGUCGUGACCGUGUGCGCUGCGCGCGCGCUCUUCUCCUGUGUCGUCUGCUAGUGUGUGUGUGUGGUCGGCAAAAUUGUCACUUGAUGUUUCAUUCUGCGUUACUGAGUUGUAUUCACUGAACAUCCACCAGCACUCGGAAUGACAUCUCCACCGACUACAGAAACAGCGCAACCAGAGCCGAGAGAAAAAAGCGAUUCCCCGUCUCCCGCGGACAACGAGGACCUGCCUUUUCCACUUCCGCUUCGGUUACGACAACUUCCGGCGUCAUUCUGGCAAGAACCGAAAACACAACCUGCCGUGAGGUCAUCCUGUCCGCCGUAUCCACCACCGCAGGAAUACAACUGCAACCAGUAUUGUCCACUUUGCCCAGCGUGUAGCUUUUAUCCCGGCUUCAGGUUGCCUCCUAUGUACCUCAUACCGGAGCGCGUACCGUAUCCAGUACGGGAGCUCGUACCGGGAGUGGCAUUCUCUGAUGUGUACCACAUCGGCAGCAGUACGCGGGGUCAUAGGACUCGUCGUAAUUCCCGGUACCAUCCCAUCCUCUGAGCGGGAUGAGCCAUUUUGUCAGUGUUACAUUUUGUGGAUAUUAUACCAAAGAAUGUAUAUAAGGAUUGAUCGCGCGUAAUUGUCAAGAUAGCUUGCCAAACUAAACUAUCGGUUCUAUUUAUUUUUUGAAGGUUGAUACGUGCGUGAUAUUAUUUAUACGUGCCAAUUACGUGUUGUAAAUGUGUCUCGUAACGAAUAAAACGUGAUUUAUGAAACGGG